AAUCAAGAUUGUCUGUUUCCUUUCAAAGACCUCCUUUAGUUCAAAUUUUCCCAUAAAACACUUACUCUCUCCUCAUUUCACUCUCUAGUAUCAAAACACUACAGAGGCUAGUAAAUGUGAAUUAUGCCUCAAGUGAAAAAAGAGCACAAAAGAUGCAGCGAAAAACAACAACAAAAUUCGUUUGCAGCAACCAAUGGAGCUGAAUCAAGAAUCCCAUCAAAGAAGAAGGUGUUCAUGUUUGUCAAGCUUAAAGGACUGGGGUGUAAAGCGGUGGAGACGACGCCGGCGAUCAUAAGAUCAGCGGCUGAGUGGGAGGCUAAGGGUGCAAGAAAUCAGAAGAGAAAACCUUUGCAUAAUCGAAGGAAUCUGGAUAAUGUUGUUGUUGAUCUUCCUCACGUCAACAUGUGUUGCACGCCACCAGGAAUAGGUAUUGCUUCGGAUGUUGCACCUCGAGCUGCACCACACAGAAAGCAUUCACGAGAAGCAAGAAGAAAUGAUGUUGAUGUUGAUGUUGAUGCAGCUGCUGAAUUUCCGGUUGGGAUAGGGUCACGAACUACUUAUCGUUCUUCCGAAGAAAUCAUAGAGAUGCUGAUGAACCGGCAAGCGCUGCUGCCGGGGAGAAUACUCCGGCAACACGACCGAUAUCAACACUGGAGGCUCGACGUGGAUGAUAUGUCGUACGAGGAGCUACUUAAUUUGGGAGACAGAAUUGGGUACGUAGGCACCGGGUUGCAGGAAGCAGAGAUAUCCAAUUGUCUAAAGAAAUUCAAACAUAUCAACAAAGAUUGGGAGUGCAGCAUUUGCCAGGAGAGAUGCAAGGUAGAUGAUGAAAUAGGAAUACUCAAAUGUGGCCAUCAUCAUCACAUGGAAUGCAUAAAGCAGUGGCUUCUACAGAAGAAUGCAUGCCCUGUCUGCAAAUCUGCUGCCUUGUCUAAGUAAAAUAAGCC